UUAAUAAGGGACACUUGACAGCUAUGUUUGGAAUGUCCUGUCACAGCAAUUGGCCAGACGCCCUUUGGCAUUUCUGGCACAGCUGCAGCAUCCUUUCUUCUCUUUCCCAUGGCCAUCCUGCACCCAGCAGCCUCAGAGCAGCCACAGCAUCUUCUCACCCUUGCCUGGCGCACGUGGAAGUUGGCACUUGGCAGCAGGACAGAGCUCUUGGCCUCGCGUCUCUCACGCCACUGCUUUGCGGCUGCCCACCCUGUUAGCCCUUAACCCCUUCCUUCCCUUUGCUCUGCCUUCAGUGCCCCUGACGCACAUAAUAGCUAUGUACUUUUAAAGCACAUUUCCCCCCAAAGAAUGCUGGGAACUGUAGCUUAUUCUUCACAAAGCUAUAAUUCCCAGCACCCUUAACAAACGGCAGUUCCCAAGAUUCCCUGGGGUGUAGGGUGUGCUCUAAAUGCAUGGCACAUAUGCAGCCGGUGAGCAAGGGACAGUUAGCAGCUCCGACGAUUGUUGCUUUCGUUUUAGCCCAUACCCUGCCUGCCAUUUUGCCACAAGUGAGCAGGAAGAAGAGGAGCACGGCUUUUCCAAAAUGGCCUCCUAGGCUGCGAAGGAUCCAUGAACUGGCUGCUGGGAGAGACAAGCUGAAGGCCAGAGGGUAGUCCCUUCAGGACAGCACAGGCGGCAAAUGUCCAGCCAGCCUAUUUGGCAUCUUCAAUGCACCACAACCAUUCAAACUUGCCCGGGUGCCUCUGGACUUGGUUUGGUCAUUGCAUUUACUUCAUGCAAGAUCACAUUCACCCGGUGCUAUACCAGCUGCACUGGCUCCCGGUGGAGUACAGGAUCAGGUUUAAGGAAGGAGUUCUGUGAGAUUUGUGUGGCCCGCGAACGCCAGACAGACCGACUGUAUAUCUGCAAGAAGUUUCUCAAGAAAGACGGGCGCAAGGUGCGAAGGGCAGCCAAGAAUGAAAUCCUCAUCCUGAAGAUGGUGAGUCACCCCAACAUCUUGCAACUGAUUGACACCUUUGAGACGAGAAAGGAAUUCUACAUCAUCCAGGAACUGGCCACUGGUGGGGAUGUUUUUGACUGGAUCCUGGACCAGGGCUACUACACGGAAAAGGAUGCCAGCAAUGUUGUCCGGCAGGUGCUGGAGGCAUUGGCCUAUUUACAUAACCUGCACAUUGUUCAUCGCAAUCUCAAGCUGGAGAAUCUCAUGUACUACAACCAGAACAAUCGCUCCAAGGUGGUACUGCGGGAUUUUUACCUCUCACGCUUCGAGAACGGGGCCAUCACAGAACCAUGCGGGACCCCUGAAUAUUUGGCUCCUGAAGUGGUUGCUCGGCAACGCUAUGGACGUCCUGUUGACUGCUGGGCUGUUGGAGUUAUCAUGUUUAUUCUGCUGUCUGGGAACCCCCCGUUCUACGAUGACACAGAUGAUGAAAACAGCAACAGCCACAACCGCCGGAUAUUCCGCAAAAUUCUGGCUGGGGACUACGACUUUGACUCCCCCUAUUGGGAUGACAUCUCUCUUGCCGCCAAAAAGUUGGUGUCACAGCUUAUGGAAGUUGACCAGGACCAACGAAUCACUGCCCAGGAGGCACUGGGACAUAUCUGGAUAUCUGGAAACAUUGCCUCUGAAAAGAACCUCAAGGAAGGGGUCUGCGCCCAGAUUGAAAAGAACUUUGCCAAGGCCAAAUGGAGGAAAGCCAUUCGUGUUACUACAUUCAUGCAACGUCUCCGGGCUCCCGAUGUCAGUGGCCGUCUGCCCGUGACUCCGCGUUCCUCCAUGAGCGUUGCUCACGAGGUCACCAUUGAGGCACCCAGGCUGGCCAAACGUGUGGAGACUCCAUGCACACCGCAGGAGCAGCAGAGCAAGAUAGAGGAAGUCACAGAGGCAGAGGAAUAAUGGCCCCUGCUUCCCCGAUCCCAUAUUCUGAUGCCUUCUCUGCUCUUGGAAGGGGUGGGUGGGGUCUGUGGGACAGUAGUUAGGGUAGUUAUGGGGCAAGGAACUAGGGAGACCCUUAGCAGUGUUAUUCCCUCCCCCCACCCCUGCCAUUGGUCAGGAGCAAGAGCUAUUUGGUUUGGACAGACGGGCAACCAAAAGGAGAGAUGGACCCGACCCCACAGAGAUGUGUAUGGGAAGGGAGGACUGAGCAUAAGAAAUAUGGUAGGACAGGGUGGUGGUCAGCUACCCCACCCCCAGCUCCCUGGAAAAUGCACCUGUCUGAGCAGAAGGGGGGAGACUUCUUCCUAGGCCUUCCCCAGUAGUGGGUGCCAGCUGUGCUCCUUGCCAUAUUGCAUCCACCACCCCAGCGCAAAUGCGGAAUGCCUUGCAGAGUGACUGUCUCUCCCAGGCCUCACGGAUCCACAUCCCACACAUCUGCAUCCUUGCCUUUGCGAUGUCACAAUGGCUUCAGAGGAGUUCCCUUCCUCCACAAAGAAGCUGGAAGUAUGAGCCAAGAAGGGGAAACCUUGUCCUCCUAUUUGCGGGGGCCUUGGGAUAUGCCAAGCAUUUGCAAACAUCAGCCAAUAAUGGAAUGGGAAGCAGUUUCAGGCUAGUGAAGCAAGUGUUAGAGAAGAAUUCAUUCCAUGGAGAAAGGAUCUGUUUCCCAGCCUUUCCCUGUUCUAUUUGCCCAGUCCUGCAUUUCACUUUGAGCAGGGGCAGCAACAGCAGCCAGGUGGGAAACUUGUUACAGAUGACUGCCCUCCUGGUUUGGAUCCCCAACCUCAACCGGACUGUGCAAGGAGGGGCAAGAGAGGUGCAUGUCUAAGCCAGCUGCAUGUUUUAUGAAGAUGCUAUUUUAAUACAGAAACCUCCCAGCUGUCCCUCCCCUGGUGCUGUCUUUCCCCUCUCCUGGGGCAGCUCUGGGAAAUAAAAAAUAAACAGAGUCUCUGGUUAUUGAUGA